AUCACCACCCACCUUCCACCGAGCGCGAACCACGACGGGGAGUAGGAGGAAUACCGACGACUCGAUUGGCAUAGGUUCGAUUUCGCUACCCAUACUGAACCCAUUUGCUAAACAACCACUAAAAUGGUGAAGGAAAAGCCCAAUUCUACGCGCAUCUACGACAAGGACGGUUACCGUCGACGGGCUGCCUGCAUUUGCGUUCGAUCCGAGGCAGAAGCUGAGGUACUGCUGGUGACUUCAUCGCGGAGACCCGAGCUGUGGAUCGUACCGGGAGGCGGUGUGGAACCGGACGAGGAAGCCUCUCUAACAGCGACGAGAGAAGUACUCGAAGAGGCCGGUGUAAUGGGUGACCUUGGUCGAUGUCUGGGCGUGUUUGAGAACAGCGAACACAUGCACCGGACUGAGGUGUUCGUAAUGGUCGUCACUCAAGAGCUGGACGAAUGGGAGGACUCGAAAACGAUCGGCAGAAAGCGGCAGUGGUUCUCGAUUGAGGACGCCUUGUCUCAGCUGGCGUUGCACAAACCGACCCAGCGCCACUAUCUGCAGCAGUUGCGCCACUCGAAGCAUCGGACAUCCUCGUCCUCCGAACCACCACCAAUCAUAUCCGAGCAUGGAGACGACGAGUUUUCGGACAAACUCGAGUUCAACAACUUUACGACGGCGGACGAUUCCGCUGGUGAUAAGGAUACGACCGAAUCGACUCCCACAACGCCACCUGCCAGCGUCACGAUGAUAACCGAUGAUGGCAAACCGACGGACGCCAACCCCGUAUCCCCACCAACAACCCCAACUACUUAAAUCUCCCCUCGAAAGGUUACGAAUUUGGACAGGAAAUUUUAUCGCGAACUUGGUUACAGCGACACUGUCAUUCGUUCGUUAGGUUUUUUGCUUAGAUCGAUGUAUUUACAAACAUUUUUGUUUUGCUCAUCCUACUAACCUUUUUUUUUAACCUCGAAUACCGUUGAGACCAUAGACGGGAGCAUAUUUAGUGACCAUUUUUCGCUGCUACUACUUUACAGUAUGCCUAUGAGACAGCGACUGCUUAAAAAUUAACUGAA